UUCCACUUUUCUUGAUAAUAGAAUAGCUUUGGUUUCUCCAUUUGAGUUGAUUCUGGUUUUUGUAAAUCAACUAUCAUGAUCAAUUCCCAAGAAGAAUGGAUACUUAUACGUCUAUCGUCGUGAUCCUAUGCAUCGCUUUAUUUGCAAUCAAUCUAAUUUUUGCUUGUUUCACUUGCUUCUCCAUUCUUCAUAGCUUCAUGACAGAGACAACAAACCAGGAUUUUAGUGAUCUCAGGAAGAAUCUUAUUGAACCGGAAGAAGCUAAACCAGAUGAUGAGAAGGUAAUGAUCAUUGCAGUCUCAAGUAACCAAGGAUUCUCUGGCUCUAUGGAUGGUGAUGAUUGUGGCCAAGAUUGCUCCCAUGAUAUUUGUGCUUGUUGAACAAAGGUAGAGAGUAUUACAUCUUAUGCAUCGGAAUCCAGAAAUGUUUUUUUUCUUUUUCAUUUUGUAUCACGAGAAAUAGUAAUCUGAACAUGUAUUAUACUAUUUUAUGUGUAAUGUAUCCCCAUGCUUUAAUAUAGUUUGAA